GAAGCGGAAGUGUCGGAGGCCGGCGACUAGGAAGUGGUGCUUCCUGGAGAGGAGAUGGCCGCGCUGGCCCCGCUGCCGCCGCUCCCCGCGCAGUUUAAGAGCAUACAGCAUCAUCUGAGGACAGCUCAGGAGCACGACAAGCGGGACCCGGUGGUGGCCUACUACUGCCGUUUGUAUGCUAUGCAAACUGGGAUGAAGAUUGAUAGUAAAACUCCUGAAUGUCGUAAAUUUUUAUCAAAGCUAAUGGAUCAGUUAGAAGCUCUUAAGAAACAAUUGGGGGAUAAUGAAGCUGUUACUCAAGAAAUAGUCGGCUGUGCCCAUUUGGAGAAUUACGCUCUGAAAAUGUUCUUGUAUGCAGACAAUGAAGAUCGAGCUGCCCGCUUUCACAAAAACAUGAUCAAGUCCUUCUACACUGCAAGCCUUUUAAUAGAUGUCAUAACAGUAUUUGGCGAACUCACUGAUGAAAAUGUGAAGCACAGAAAGUAUGCAAGGUGGAAGGCAACAUAUAUCCAUAACUGCUUAAAGAAUGGGGAGACUCCUCAAGCAGGCCCUGUUGGAAUAGAAGAAGAUCAUGAUGUUGAAGAAAAUGAAGAUGUUGGAGCGACUUCUCUGCCCACGCAGCCACCUCAGCCAUCUGCCUCUUCAAAUUAUGAACCCAGCAACUUGCCUCCAGGCAGCUAUACUGGAGUGCAGAUCCCCCCAGGUGCUCACGCUCCAGCUAACACACCAGCAGAAGUGCCUCACAGCACAGGUGUAACGAGUAAUGCCAUCCAGCCUACUCCACAGACUGUUCCAGCCAUGGAUCCUGCACUGUUCAGCACAGUUUCCCAGGGGGAUAUCCGUCUGACUCCAGAGGACUUUGCUAGAGCUCAGAAGUACUGCAAGUAUGCCGGCAGUGCCCUGCAGUACGAAGACGUGAGCACCGCUGUACAGAACCUGCAGAAGGCUCUCAAGCUCCUCACAACAGGCAGAGAGUGAGGCCUUUGUGCACCAAGCCCAUGUAUUUUUGGCAUCUAGAACUAACAGUCCAUUACUCUCUCCACCGCCCAUCAGGAGCAUGGUUUUACGGAAAGACUUCAUUUCCACUGAGUAAGACAAUGGCAUCUGUGUUUCAGAUUUCUAGUGAAACAUCCAUCAGCUGCACAGCCAGUUUUCACUGUCCUUUGGUGGACCUAGUUAUCUCUGAGCAUGUAGAGCCAAUGUUAGAUCUAGAAGUGCUUCCAAAAGUGAAAGCGAACCUGUAGAAAAUGAUGUUGGAGUACGCUUUCUUAAUUUAUCCUCACUAAAGGGAUUUUUUAAAUCUGUAAUGUUUGGACUAACAAAUCAUAUUAAGUUGCUAUAAUAGUCUAAAUUAAACUUUAAUAAAGAUUGUGACAAUAUUCUGGAUUGGAGAUCCUGGCUUUGUUUUCCUUAGGAUUUACAAAACAGAUAUGAAUGUCCAAAAAUAUUAAAUGAGUCCAAGAGAGAUUAUGUUCAAAAUUAAGUUUAGUUCUGUUUAGACAUAACUGUGUGAAAAAAAUAAAAUGGUACAGAAGGAAAUAGAAGGUGAGAAGGCAGAACCACCAGGGACUGAAGGCUGCUGGCCUCCGCCUGCUUCUGCUACCACCCAAGCUUAUGCUAAAUUGGUUUUUACAGUACAGGUAGUUUGAGUCAUAUAUCAGAAAAUGAAAAUGGAAUUCAUACUAAUGCCCAGAAACUUGGUGCUUUUCAAGGUUCUCCUCUGGAAUCAUAGAGUGUGGCUGGAGUGAGGAAGAAUGUGAUAGAUUCUCGGGUACUUCGUAAGUUUUAGAGGGGAUUAUGGACUUACUAUACCACCUGCAUUUGUUAUGUCUAAAUAAAUACAAAGAUUCUUUUAAAGUUGUUGAACUUACUACAGAGCCAAACAUCUGUUUUGAUUUGCAUGGUAGAAUUGUCUUUUUUAGUAAAUGCUUGUAUUUAGUUAUAUGAGUACAGAUAUUUCUAUAAAAACUUUUUUAUUUAAGGUGACUGAAAAAUUUACCUGAAAUGUGUCUAAUCCACUUCGCUUAUGCCAUUUGAAUUAGAAUUCUUUAACAUAAGGCACAGCAGGCCACAUGACCCAUAGACUCUUUACCUGUUGUGUGGGGUUUCAUUUGAACAGCACCGUCCCCAUUCAUCUAUGUUUUGUUUGGUUGCUCUCCACAGUUGCAGAGUUACCUAACUUGUAAGUCUAAAUGUUUACUCUCUAGCCCUUUAAGAAGAAAAUUCACUGAUACCUAUUUUAAUAAAAAAAAAUGAGUUACUGA